UAUAGCCUGGGGAAAAUGACAGACAUUGUAGCUAUUUGGGAUGUUAUUUUAAGUGAUGGAGCCCACAAGAUUGAAUUUGAACAUGGGACCACAUCAGGAAAACGAGUUGUAUAUGUGGAUGGGAAGGAAGAGAUAAGAAAGGACUGGAUGUUCAAUUUAGUGGGCAAAGAAACCUUCUUCGUUGGAGCAAGAAAAACCAAAGCCGCCAUACGUAUACUGUCUGGCAAAGGUUUUGUUUUUAAAUAUAUCCUGGAAAUUGAGGGGAAAAGCUUCAGAAAGUAUGUGGAGAAUAGAUCAAAGACCACCAACACCUGGAUACUGCGCUUGGACGGCAAGAACUUUAGAAUUGUUUUGGAAAAAAACACUAUGGAUAUAUGGUGCAACGGUAAAAUAAUAGAGUCAGCGGGCGAGUUUGUAGAUGAUGGAACUGAAACACACUUCAGUGUUGGGAACCAUGACUGUUACAUAAAAGCUGUCAGCAGCGGGAAGAGAAGAGAAGGGAUUAUCCACACACUCAUUGUGGAUAACAGAGAAAUCCCAGAGAUUAUCCAGUGA